AUGGCGGUGCCCACCUCACCGUGGCACCACUACCUGCGGGCUCUGCGGUCGCGGCAGGCGCCCCGCGUGCAGGACUUCCAGCGGGCAGAAGACGUGCUGCUGGCCGUGUUGGAGCGCGUGCACGCCCUGGACGCCCGUUUCGUGGUGGACUACUCCCGCGAUGCUGAGGCCUUCCAGUUCGCCCUGCGCUCUUCAGACGACCCACAGGACAUGCAGGUGCCCCUGAGGGUGGACGCUGAAGCCCUGCUCACCGAGGAGCCCGAUGCCCCGGAGCUGGGAGAUGGCCCCGCUCGCUGCCGCCUGGGCAUCCCCAGGGAAGCGGCUGGCCUGGAGCGCUGGACGGCAGAUGAUGUCUUCAGUGCAGCGCCCUCGGAGGACGGUGCUGAGGGCCGCGGCUACCUGGUGCCCGGCAAGGUCCUGAGUGUGCUCAAGGAGCUGCUGGUGGCUGCCAUUGUACACUGCCGGCACCACAGUCUCAUCCCGCCAGGUUCCCUGAGUGCGGCCAGCCUGAGGGAGGAGCAGCUGCACCUGUCCCUGGUGGUGUCUGGUGGCUGGAGGAAGAUCCGCUUCAAUGUGGUGCCUGUGGUGAGGAAGGGGCACUGGGAGCCUGCCCUGGAGGGUGCCCAUCUGUCGCCUGGAUUCCCUGAGGGCAUGCUGGACCGCAUCCUGGGCCAAGGGGUGGACCUGGUGCCGGCCAGUGUCCAGGACUGGAGCACCUCCACGGACUACCUGCUCACCAGGCUGCUCCAGGCUCUGGGCUCCCUCCCUGGCCACCGGCUGGACGGGCUCUGCAUCUUGGACCGGGUGAGCCAUGAGAGCUGGCGGGAUGGCGGCCAGAGCCCGGGCUUGACCUUCAGCCACCUCAAGGCCGUACUGCUGUGGGCCUCGGCACUGUUCCCCUCCCCUGAGGACUGGGCGGACCUGCAGGGUGCUGUGUACCGCCUGCUGGUGGUGCUGCUGUGCUGCCUGGCCACCCAGCAUCUACCCCACCCACUGUGGCCCCGGCUCAAUCUGCUGCCCACCAGCGGCCUGGACCUGCAUGCCCUGUACCAGCGUGUGGAACGCUUUGCCAGCCAGCCGGAGGCCUCACUGCGCCUCCACGCUACCCACCUGGGCCGUUGCCCACCACCGCGCCUCGAUCACGGCAUUAAGGCACUGCUGCAGCUGCCUGCCAGUGACCCUGCCUACUGGGCCACUGCCUACUUUGACGUCCUGUUGGACAAGUUCCAGGUUUUCAACAUUCAAGACCAGGAGCGGGUGUCAGCCAUGCACAGCAUUUUCCGCAAGACCAGGGCGCUGGGCGGCGGGGAGAGCUGA